ACUUCCGCGUUCUGGUCACGUGGCGACGUGACGUCACACCAAGAUGGCUGGCGAAGGAGGUGCGGCUGGGAAAUCGGUCGGAGACCGAACCGCUUCUCUUGCUCCGGCUGCCGAGGUCCCCGCACAUGAUGGCGUCUCCGCACUGCCGGCCGAAGACGCGUCCGACCUGCGAAGCUUGUUAAUGACAAGCGUUUUAAACCUGGAGAAACUCGACGCUGACCUCCAUAGGGGAACACACCACUGGGUCCCUCGCACUAGGCGCUUGUUUGGAGGCCAGAUCAUCGGACAGGCUUUGGUAGCUGCUGCCAGAUCCGUCAGCGAGGAUUUCUUUGCUCACUCCCUGCAUUGCUACUUCGUUCGAGCAGGAGAUCCCAAGGUUCCAGUCCUGUACCAGGUGGAGCGGACAAGGGAUGGAAGGAGCUUCUUGGUGCGCUCUGUGAAGGCCAUCCAGCAUGGAAAGCCUAUCCUCAUAUGCCAGGCAUCUUUCCAGAUCCAGCAGCCCAGCCCUCUGCAGCACCACUUCACCAUGCCCACUGUGCCCUUUCCAGAGGAGCUGCUGACAGCAGAGGAGCUUAUCCAGAAGUACUUGAGCAGUCCCAAUUUGGCAGAGAAUGCCAAACAGGGGCUCAGCAACAUACUGGCAGAGGAGAUUCCCAUUGAGAUUAAACCAGUGAACCCCCCUGAUUUCUAUGGGCACAUUGCCAUGGAACCUAAGAAGCUGUUCUGGGUUCGAGCAAGAGGACAUAUUGGUGAAGGAAACAUGAAGCUGCACUGCUGCGUUGCUGCCUAUGUGUCUGACUUCGCCUUCCUGGGAACUGCUCUGCUGCCUUACCCACAGUAUAGUGUGCAGUUCUCUGCCUCCCUUGACCAUGCCAUGUGGUUUCACAGCACCUUCCGCGCAGAUCAGUGGAUGUUGUACGAGUGUGAGAGUCCCUGGGCAGGAGGCAGCAGAGGCUUGGUUCAGGGCCGGCUGUGGAGGAGAGAUGGGGUACUGGCGGCUUCCUGUGCCCAAGAAGGAGUGCUGAGGGUCAAAGAAAGGAGUAAACUUUAGGGAUGCCUCGGUGGACAUUCCUAAUGCCACGUAGUGCCUGAUGCGUUUGGUAUCGAUUAAUAACGCUUGAAAGAUUGCACGUUCAAAUCUCACCUCCAACUGUAAUACUCAUGAGCAAGGUACCCUAGAAUUGCUCCAGUGACA